GUGCGUCUAUAAAUCGAAACCGAAAGAACCAGAAAAAGUGCCCAGUCUAAUCUUGAUGUCUUGUCUACUCAAUAUAAUUCAAUAUAGAUCUAGAUCUAUAUAGAUCUAUCUAGAUCUAGAUUUCGAAUUCUACUGAUAUACUCAUUAAUACUGUCUCAUCAUGAUCAAUACUGUCCCUCAUCUAGCUUGAGCUAGACUAAGAGAGCCUCUUAGUUUAACUUGAACUUAGGUCUUAGUAAGAGACUCUGAUUCUGAGUCAAGAUUGGAGUGUGUACAAUUCAUAAUUCAGGAAUCGUGUACAUUGUUGAACAUUGUUAUUUGAUUUACUCAGCAAUGAAAACUGGCCUGCAGAUUUGUGCACAGUUGGAAAAUCUAAAACACAUCAAACCGAUCGGUGAAGAUUUUCGCUGGUACCUAAAGCUAAGAUGUUCUAACUGUGGAGAAGAAACGCAAGAAUUUGUUUACUGUUGUCUUUCAGAGAGUUAUCCUUCAGCUCAUGGUAAAAGUAAUGCAAGUCUCAACAUAAAAUGUAAACUAUGCAAAAGGGAAAAUUCAAUAGACAUAAUUAAAGAAUCAAUAAACUCUUAUACUCAAGAUGAUGCUGGCCAAUUUAAAACAAUUGUAGUUUUUGACUGCAGGGGGGCAACUCCUGUAGAUUUUUCACCUAGGGUGGGCUGGGAAGCUGAAGGACUGGAGUCUAAUGCUGUUUUCUCAGAUGUUGAUUUAAAAGAGUGUGAAUGGUAUGAUUACGAUGACAAAGCUGGUGAAUCUGUGAGCAUCACAGAGCUUAAGUACCAAUUUAUUACAGUUAAAACUUGAUUUUAAUUAAAAGAAUAUUUCAAUAAAAUA